AUAGAGAAAAAUGUAUAUGAAGUCCUCCAGGCACAUCGUCGCGAGCUAAGGAUUUGGUGCUCCAAGACCAGAAGAAACCCGGAAAGCCGGAUAAGGUAGCUCCAGCGUAGCAGACCCUUACACACCAGGUACUCACUCAGCUCGUCAUACCAAUAUUGGAGGGUUGCACAAAGUGGUGGAGCAGACUGGAGGGAGAGAGAGGGAAAGAGAAGGCAAAGAGUACAUCAUUCCCGUCGUAUGGCCUAGUACAGAGAGGGCGAGAGGCAAAAAAGGAAGACUGUGUAGUGUCGGCAGUUGAGAGAACAAGAUAGUCGCGUGCUACAGAGAUCCCUCUACCAUGCUUCCACAUAAGUCUCAGCCCUUUCCGAAACCGUUUUGUCGAGAUUUUAAUGGGCGAAGGGUCACGACAAGGCCCUACUCUAUGAACCGACCGUUAGCCCCCCGCGGAUGUCCUACCACAUCAAUGCUUAUUUAGAGCCAGGAGUUGGUAAGUCUUUCAUGGAUUGUUGUGUGGGUAUAAAUAUGAAUCUUUUGGACUCGGUAUUGGGGUUAGCCUAAUAUAUGGCAAUUAAACGAGAAGACCUAGUGCCGCAACCAUUACGAUCCUGUGAGAAAGUAUACCUCAUGGAUUCGGGUCCCUCAGAAAAAGAGCCUUGCCAUGAGGCCGAUAAGCAGGCAUCGCUGCAGUGUCAUCAGAGGGGGAGCUUCGACGUCACAGCUUGGAGCCAUGAUGCAUUAACACCACCCAACCACGACCUAGAUGGCAAGACUUUAUCGCUUAGUAUAAGAAAAGACGACUGUCAACAUCAAUCGAGUCUUAGCAGUGACUUAGAGAAGAGGGGAAGCGGAGAGGAUCCAAGGGCACACAUUUUCCUCGGAAAGCCUAUGUCGGUAAUCCGCGAGAUAGCGUUCUUCACCGUCGUGGCAACAGCUAACUUCACUCCACAUUCUGGUUUUCACCAAGCACUCUGUAUCCUUCAUAUCAUAGGGUCCGACCUUGGUGUUACUCAUUCGGGUCAGCUCGUUUGGCUCAUCGCAGGUUAUGGCUUAACUGGGACGUUCAUUUUGCUGGCAGGUCGUCUUGGAGACGUAUACGGACACAAGCUCAUAUUCCUCGUCGGCAAUGUCUGGUUCGCGCUAUUCUCGCUCGCUGCUGGGUUAGCCGUCUAUACGCCUCGACCCUAUGCCGUCUUUCUGUUCGCACGCAUCAUGCAGGGGGUCGGACCAGCGUUGCUAGUACCGAGCGCCGUAGCGCUACUAGGAAUCACCUACGUACCAGGGCAACGAAAAGCUAUGCUAUUUGCCAUGUUCGGGGCCAUGGCACCAGCUUCCGCUAUUAUCUCGCCGGCAUUUACAGGCUUGUUGGCGUUAGCGCGAUGGCAAUACGCCUUUUUCGCCUUGUCUCUCCUAUUGAUCUUCACUACGAUUGCCGGUGUGUUUGUUAUCCCCGGUGGUUUGUCUCCCGAGAAAGGUCGAAUGCCCCAUGGGGGUUUGGGGGCGAUAUGUGCUGAGCUGGAUGUUCUCGGUGCUUUGACCGGUGUGAGCGGCCUUGUCCUCAUUAGCGUGUCUUGGAACCAAGCUUCUAUUCACAGCUGGCAGGAUCCCUAUGUGCCUGUCCUCCUGAUGACUGGGAUCUUGCUAUGCGUAGUAUUUGUUUUUGUUGAGAAGCAUGCUAGGAAGCCUCUAAUACCAAUGGAGGCUAUCAAUUCAGGAGUAGCUUUCAUUCUUGCAGCUGUGUUCUGCGGUUGGGGCUGCUUUGGUAUCUAUAUCUAUUACAUCUGGGAAUUUUAUGAAAUGCUACGAGGCGCAUCGCCUCUAUUAGCAACGGCCAUGCAUAGCCCGAUAUUUGUUAGUGGGAUUGCGGCGGCCAUCACGACAGGAAUGAUCAUUCACCGCGUCGGACCUGCGGUCGUAAUGGCUCUCGCGUUGUUGGCCUUUACUGUCGGUACCACUCUGAUUGCGACAGCGCCAAUCGAACAGUCAUAUUGGUCACAAACCUUCCUUUGCAACUUGAUUGUCACUUGGGGGAUGGACUUGAGCUUUCCAGCGGCGACACUCAUGCUUUCGGAUCUGGUUUCUAGCGAGCACCAAGGCAUCGCAGCUAGCUUGGUUACUACCGUGGUGAAUUACAGUGGCGCGCUGGCGCUAGGAGUCGCCGGAACCGUCGAGCUUCAUGUGAAUAAAGGAGGGAAAACGUCCCAGGAUAUCCUAAAGGGUUAUAGGGGGGCUUGGUAUGUGGCGAUUGGGUUAGGCGUAGUCGGCUUAAUGCUGUGUUCGAUCUUCACUUGGAAAUUCUCGAAACGUCAACGAGGGUUGCCUAGAGGAUGAUUAAGAGGAUCGUACUCUGAUAUUUGGUUGGCGACACUGAGUCUACAUUUAUCGGGAUCAAGUCCGCAGGUAUUGAAUCGAUAUGCGGUUUCUUUACUUGAAAAUGGUUGAUGAAUCAAUAAGCGAGGACCAUCACUUCAACCACUUAAAUCGGGAUUUACGGGUAUGGUGACGAAUGUCUCAGAUUACGAAGCUUGUGGCUUUCAUAUCCGAUUGCUCGUAGGGUCCUUGUUUCUGUACAGUUCAGAUUACAUAAAAAAUAAUUGACUGUAAGGUUG